CGGAAGGGGGAGGAGAGGAGAGCAGCCGAGCCCUGUGGAGUCAGGGGGUGGGGGAAGAAGGGCGGACGGAGGAGGUGAGAGCAGAGGACAGCCCGGCCACCGCGGACGCUGCCAAGAUGCUGCAGACCCUCUAUGAUUACUUCUGGUGGGAGCGAUUGUGGCUACCUGUGAACCUGACCUGGGCUGACCUGGAGGACCGCGAUGGGCGCAUCUACGCCAAGGCUUCUGACCUUUACAUCACUUUGCCCUUGGCUCUGCUCUUCCUUAUUAUCCGAUACUUCUUCGAGAUUUAUGUGGCUACCCCGCUGGCUGCCCUCCUAAAUGUGAAGGAGAAGACCCGACUUCGAGCAUCGCCCAACCCAACCCUGGAGAACUUCUACUGCACCAGUGGCAAACACCCCAAACAGGCAGAGGUGGAGCUCUUGUCCCGGAAGAGCGGGCUCUCUAGCCGUCAGGUGGAGCGAUGGUUCCGGAGACGCCGAAAUCAGGACCGGCCGAGUCUGCUCAAGAAGUUCCGAGAGGCCAGUUGGAGAUUCACCUUUUAUCUCAUUGCCUUCAUCGCCGGCAUGGCCGUCAUUGUGGAUAAACCUUGGUUCUAUGACAUGAAAGAAGUAUGGAAAGGUUAUCCCAUACAGUCUACCAUCCCUUCUCAGUACUGGUAUUACAUGAUAGAACUCUCCUUCUACUGGUCCCUACUCUUCAGUAUUGCUUCUGAUGUGAAACGAAAGGAUUUCAAAGAACAGGUGAUCCACCAUGUGGCCACUAUCAUACUCAUCAGCUUCUCCUGGUUUGCCAACUAUAUCCGGGCUGGGACGCUCAUCAUGGCUCUCCAUGACUCCUCUGACUACCUGCUGGAGUCAGCCAAGAUGUUUAACUACGCUGGAUGGAAAAAUACGUGCAACACUAUCUUCAUUGUCUUCGCCAUUGUCUUCAUCAUCACUCGAUUGGUCAUCUUGCCCUUCUGGAUCCUGCACUGCACAAUAGUGUACCCUCUGCAGCUGUAUCCUGCCUUUUUUGGAUAUUACUUCUUCAACUCCAUGAUGGGUGUGCUACAAGUGCUGCAUAUCUUCUGGGCCUACCUCAUCCUUCGCAUGGCCCACAAAUUUGUAACUGGAAAGCUGGUAGAAGAUGAGCGCAGCGAUCGGGAGGAGACGGAAAGCUCUGAGGGCGAUGAGGCUAUCACCAGUGGGGGAAUGAAGAACCAUCAUCUAGCCAACGGUCACCCCAUCCUUAACAAUAACCACAGAAAAAAUGACUGAGCCUGGCUCCCCUACUGGCCCCGCUGGAUUUCAUAAAGCCAAGAAAUGGCCCUCCCUCCUCCAAGAGGAGAUGUCCCUUGGGGAGUGGGUCAGAGGUCACCAAAAUCUGGGGGUGGGAGGGAAGGGCAGGUUGUCUGUCCCUUUCCCUUCAGCCCUUCCUCCAUUUGCCCUUCUUGCUGGUCACCCAGAUGCCUUUCAACCAAAUUCCUGUCCCUCCUGUGUGAGGGGGAUGGCUCAAGGCCUGUUACAGGCAGGGCCCACCUUCCCCCACCCCUGGGCUUGGGUUCAGAGCUGGGGAAUAGCUUCCAUUCCUCACUGUAGAGUCAGACCAGGGGUCCCGAGACAGUCUGUGCCUUACCAUUCCCUUUGUGGGUCUCAUUCUGCCAAAGCUAGACGACCUGCUCUCAUUAUUCCAGGCCCCCUUCCUCUGCCUGGGGGCCCAAGCUGAGCUGCCUAAUUUUUUUCCUUCCUCUAACCAGAGACUUCCAGAGUGGACCAGGGUUAGUGGGUCCUUGCCUCUGGGGCCCGAAACACAAGGAGCGCCCUCUCCCUCCUGUCCCCCUUUCUAGCCUCUUUCCCAUGGCCUUUUUUACUUUCCUCUUCCUUCUGUCAGGUUAGCUUGACUGAAGUGGGGCAGCAACCAGUUUUACUUAUUUAUUGAACUUUGCAGUUUUGGUUUUCAGUCUGAAAGCCCAAACUACAAAUAGCCUAGGGAGAGGAGGGUGACAGAUAUUUCCCUAGAGAGGACCAUAUCGAACCAUUUCAAACCCACAGACCAAAUGUUGUACUGUUUGUGUGUGUGUGUGUUUUUUUUUUUAAUUAAAAUAUAUUAAAGAUUAAAUAAAACAUGGCAA